AUGUCGCCAAGCUCGGUAAAAAUGCCAAGCGUCGUCAAUACACUUAAUUCCUCAUCGUCCUCAACUCCGAAUGUUCGUCUUUUAACUCUACAAGAUGUCUCCAAGGCAGCAUUAACACUUUGCGAAGCCUUUCAAAAUGAUACGCUCUCUAUCUACUUGACCAAACAUAUCUCUUCUCAGGAAGAAAGGACCCAUAUCAAUAAAGUAAUGUAUGAGUGUUAUUUGAGACAGCAUAUCGAUAAAGGUUUGUGUGUUGGUGUAGGUGAGACGCAGACUGGCUUUGAAACGGUCGCAGUGUGGUCCGCACCCAAAUCUUAUGACAUAGGCUUGGAAACCUUCCAGGAUUACAUGGAAGCUGGAUUUGAUAGAUACUGGCAUUUGAUUGGGCCAGAAGGUAGAGACAAAGUAUUCAAAGGCUUGCUCCCACUUCUUGAUACUGUGUCGCACAGAAUAUUAACCACUGACCCCAGAUUUCACGAUAAAGGUUUGUAUACAUUGGUUUACUUGGGAUCAUUAGAAUGUGCACGCGGAAAGGGAAAUGUCAGAGCGAUGUUUGAUUUCAUGUUUGAAAAUUAUAUUGAUGUGCCAGGAACGAACAACAUUGCAUAUUUGGAAAGUUCGGCCCCCAGUAAUAUUGGCAUCUACAAUCGAUUUGGAUUUCACGCGUAUGAGAAGAUCGUGUUGGGAGACAACAAGAGACCCGACGCAAAAGAAGGUGUGGAUUAUGCGCUGAUGAAUGUCAUGAUAAGAGACUGUAGGGGAGCUGACUGGAGAGAAAAGGUGGCUGUUUAG